AUGUCAUCCUCUCAAGACUCGGGCGCCAAAAAGUACUCACGCGCAAUUGAUAUUUCCAACAACACGGGCGAGAAACUCCAGAUUCACUUAUCAAUUGAAGAGGCCAGCCCUCCAAAUAGCCAAAUGCCCAAUACAUCAGACAAGACCAAUGCUGGCCAACUCGAAGCAUCAUCACUCUCCAACUCAGGGCCUCAACAGCCAUUUGAUAUGGCGAGCUUACCAUUGCCGUCUGCGGCCAAGGAGAUGAAAAACCACACAACAACAUUGACCGAGCGAGAAUUUACGCAACCAGAAUCAUCGUCAACCAAUUCUACUGCCCCACGACUUCAGAAAGAGUCCGUUCAGAUAUUUAGAGAAGUAGGAUCUGAGACUCGAAAAAAUUGGCGGAGAAAAGUUCUAGAGUACCGUUAG